CCAAGAAUUCAAAAAGUUUUUAUCCGAUAAUCUCACUCUUCUGUAACCACCCCUUUCCAACCGUCCAAAUAACCUCCAUCAACUCAUCUCAACCGUUGGAUCUACAUUUAGGGGUUUAGCAAUCCCCCCUCUUCAAACACGCCCACACUCUUCUCCCCUCUUCACAAUUCACCGCCUCCACCCACUCACCGCCGGUUUUCCACCCUACAACCGCCGCUUUUCACCGUUUUUCCCGGUGAUCACUCUUCAGGAGUUUGUUUUGAAGGUUAAUAUGCCUGGAGACAAGAACAUUUUACAGUCAGCGGAGCCAUCAGCAUCUGGAUUGAAGUCUAGCACGGGUGCUAAAAUGGACGAUCAAAAUCCGGGUUCUAGAAAAGAAGGCAUACCUUCGGGAUCAGCCCCACCGUUUGCAGGGGUUUCUGUUCCUUCUGUAAAAGGCGGGGCUGCCAAUAAGGCAACUGCAGGGCAAGGUGUUAACUACUCACCUACUAGCUGUUACGAUUAUCAUUAUCCAGGUCAAAAUGGAGCAUAUAGUGAUGGUUCAGGUAAUAUGAACUCUAGUGUCGGUUCUUACACGGAUAGUAACGGUUCGCUUCUUUAUUAUAUGCCUAGUUAUAAUCCUUAUGCUACUGGGACUUUUAUGGGCGUCGAUGGGCAACAACCCUAUUUUUCUUCAUCAGAUGCCAUGUCAUGCUAUGCGUGGAAUUCUAACUCAACAUCAUCUUACGGCACAAAGUCUGCUACGGGCUCAAACGGGAUGAAAUAUAGUGACCUUAAUUCCAAAAGAACCAUGAAUUAUACCGGGAACUCUCCAAAUUACCCUUUGGAUAUGAAGUCCCGACAACAGUCUGCUUCUAGUGUUCCGAAGUCAGUCCUUCAGUCACAGCAUAUCAGGUCACUUAACAAGUUGGGGUCUGCUUACCAGUCUGCCGAUUUCGCAAAAGGGUAUAAAUCGUCCGGGAAUUAUUCAUCAUUCGCGUACCAGAACCAAGGGCUUUUUUCAAACUACGCUAUGAACUACGCUUCUGGUGGUAGACUUUGGAACGAUAACGAUAGAUACAAAUCAAGGGAUAAGUCUUUUGCGACUGGUGAAUCUGAAGAGUUAACACGUGGCCCACGGGCCCAGAGCGUAAAUACGCAUCUUGAAGAUGAAAAAAUGGGAGUUUCACUCGCACGUGAUAAAUAUAAUCUUGAAGAGUUUAAGACAAAGUAUGAUCAUGCCAAGUUUUACGUAAUCAAGUCGUAUAGUGAAGAUGACGUUCACAAGUGCCUUAAGUAUGACGUUUGGUCUAGCACGCCUAAUGGCAACAAGAAAUUAGACACUGCGUUUCGUGACGCUGAAGGAAAAGCAAACAUUUUCCUCUUUUUUUCUGUAAACGGAAGUGGGCAGUUUGUGGGUGUUGCUGAAAUGAUCGGACCUGUGGAUUACGAAAAGAACAUGGAUUUUUGGCAGCUUGACAAAUGGAACGGUUUUUUUCCAGUUAAGUGGCACAUCGUAAAGGAUGUUCCCAACACGCUGCUGAGACACAUAAUUCUUGAAAACAAUGAUAACCGACCCGUUACAUACACCAGGGACACUCAAGAGGUGGGUUUGAAACAAGGUCUGGAAAUGCUUGAGAUUUUUAAAAGCUAUUCAGCGAAAACGUCUUUGUUAGACGAUCUAAGCUUUUAUGAGAGCAGGGAGAAGUUGAUAAAAGCCAAAAGGAUCGUUAAGGAGAACCAGAAUGUAGGAGGAGAUAGGACAAUUGGGGAAGGAUCACUAAACAGUAGCAACGGCUCUAGGGAUUCGACCGCGUCGCUGGUUAAUCUGACCCGUAACCUGUCUCUUAACUCUUAACAACGGAACGGGUACGGGUAGCAGUGGUGACAUGGCUGAUGUAGGGUUUAUUGACAUUAUAUGGUCUAGUAGUUUGGAUUGAAACCACUUAUGCUUUUGUUUUGUUUUGUUUGGCUUCUGAGAUGUAAAAAUCAGGGUUUUAUUUUGCUUUUAUUCUAUUUUGGAUGGUAAACACGAAUUGAUUUAAGUUGCUUUGCAUUUUUAUCACUAAAUUUUGUAA